UAUUAUUUAGAAAAAUAUCUUAAAUGGAAUAGAGAAUAAACAAUGUGUACUGAGCAAAGUUGUUCUCAGUCUCUUGAGUUUAUGAAACCUUCAAAACUAAAAGGUCAUUUUGAAAUAAGUCAUUUGGAACACCAAAAAAGAUAUGCAGUUCUCUUGUCUGCAUGAAGCUAGUUGCAAACAUAAGAGACUUGAUUGAACAAGAAGUUUUCACCAAGAAACCAGCAUUCCAUUAGACUGAUCAUUAGAGCAAGCAUCAUAUGAAGUCGCAUUAGAAAUUGCCAAGCAAAUUAAAACACACACAAUAGGAGAAAAUCUCAUCAAACCCCGCAUGUUGAAGAUGGUGAAAUUCAUUCUUGGGAAUCCAGUGAAGUAAUAUCUGUCUAAUAAUGCUAUGCAGCAGCAUAUAGCAGAUGUUAAAAAACAAAUUUUGAAUGAAAUCAAACUUUCAACUUUGUUUGAUUUUCAAGUUGAUGAAUCAACAGACGUGAGUUUGUGUUUGCAGUUGCAUGUCAUUGUGAAAAAUAUCCAUUCAGAUGAUAGCAAAGAAGAGUUGCUAUUUUGUGAAGAUAUCAUGGAUGAUUAAAAUGAGAAAACGGCUGUGGGGUUUGUACAGAUGGUGCGUCAUGUUUCGGUCAAAAUCAGGCUUUCAGAAAAAAGUAAAAGAGUUAGCUCCCUAAUGAAGGGGAAUCCACUGCAUGAUUCACCGGUAUGCCCUCGCUUACUCUUCUGCUAAUAAAAGUCGUAAAUUAUUUUAAAAUCUGAAGCCCUAAACACCCGUCUGUUUUAAGAACUGUGCAAAGACCUGAAUAAAGAUCACGCUGGCUGUCAAAAAGAAAUGUUUUGAAUCAUAUUUUUUAAUUGAAAGUUGAAAACAAGUUGUUCUUUGAAGUGCAAAGGAAACAAGACCUUUUGAUAUACUUUAACGACAAAGAGUGGUUGGAGAGAGUAGCAUACGUAGCAGAUAUAUUCGAACAUCAACAUAAGCUUAACCUGAAAAUGAACUAAUAUUAUCUCUUUUCAUGAAAAUCUCUUGGCAUUUUUAUCAAAGCUGCAAAAUUGUCGAAUAAAAAAAAAAUUGGAAAUAUUGCCAUGUUUGAGAAACUCUGCAGUGUGGUAGAUGAAUCUGAUUGUGUGAUAAAUAGAAAUUUGAAAGAAGAUUCUGGGCAUCUUGAAUCUCUUGAAAACGUUAUUUUCCCUGUGCUGAAAGAAGAAUAAUCUGCACUGUCUCUGCUUACUUUGAUGUUGCCAGCUUUCCCGAUGAAUUACAAGAAGAAUUCUUAAAUUUGCUGAAUGAUUCCGCGUCACGUAUCAUGUUAAAUGAAAAAAUGCUCAAUUAUUUUUAGUGUAGUAUGCACCAUUCAUAACCAAGCGUGAAAUGGAUUGCCUUUUGAGUUUUAGUACCUUUUGUGUCUACAUAUCUUUGCGAGAAUAGAUUUUCAAUACUUCUCCAAUUUAAAAGAAAAAAAAUAAAUAAAUUAAAUGCUGAGAAUGACAUUAGGUUUGCAACAAAAGCUCAACCGAGUAUGUUGAGGCUAGUAAAUUGCAUGCAAUUUCACCCAUCAUAUUAAAACAGUUACCAAGAAUAAUUCAUAUUGAAAGUCUACUAAAAAAAUCAUAUUUUAGUGCUUAUUAAUUUCCUAGCUAAUUACGACCUUUUUAAUUCAAUGGGGUAGCGUGUUGCUUACUUUUUAUAAAAGGGGGUCGCCACUUGAAAAAGUUUGGGAACCACUGAUCUAAACUAAACAUUUAUAAUAUUCUAACUAGAGUCUACAAUAAGCUAGAGAUUUAAAAAUGAGCUUUUUUAAAAUGUUUGUCGAGUACUUACCUCAUGGAUUUGCUUUUGCUAGUCUUGGCCUUACAACUGCCACCAUGUAUCCACAUGUAUGGGGCAUUGAGAGUUAUAAAGAUCUCAUUAAAAUCGAUAACAAAGAUAAUUUUGACCAAGAGAUAUUUAUUUUGGCAGAAGAGAUAAAAAGAGAUUUUAAUUGGAAACCAAAUAACUUCAUAAAAAAAGAUCUAUGUGAAAUAAUUCCAAGUUCCCAAAUGGAAUUUACUUCAAGGGGGACUAUGACAAGUAAAUGGGGUGCUGUUAUUGGGACUCCUGUUUUCUUCUCAAGUGAAUCUAUUAAAAAUGCUCAACAGAACCCUCAUAUCCUCCACAAGUAUAAUAUAGACUUAAGUUCAAAAUACGGAGCACAACUUUUUGACACUUUCAAACUGAGUCGAGAUGCCAAAAAAUUUGCAUUGGCAAGAGAGAUGUGUCAUGUUAAUACAUAUCAAGUGUUCAUCAACUCAGUGUGGUGUGGUUUUAUGGCUAUGAGUUGUUACCCUUUAGCAGCUACACUAGCAGGUUUGCUCAGGUUCAGAAGGGCAUUGCUGUUUUCUUCUGUAUUAGUUGUACCACUGGUUUCAAAAAGUUUUUUGAAAGCAUCCAGCUAUUAUAAUAGUAAUGUAGAGACAAAGUGUGAUAGGUUAGCAGCCAAAAUUAGUAUAGAUGUUGCUAAAGGUGGAGUUGAAUAUUACGAUGCUCAAAUUAAAAGAAAAAAUAUGUUGAUAGAGCUUUCAGGCAAUAUUGAAUCCCCUGUAGAAAUUAAAGAUUAUUUUCUUUUACAAAGUACAAAUUUGAGCUUAGAAGACAAAAGGGAUUUGCUUUUAGAUGCAAUAAAGGAAUUAUAUCCUAGUGGUGAGAUUUGAUAAUACUUAUUAAAAUAAAAUGUCUAGAAGCUAAGGUGUACCAUGUAAGGUUUGAGCAUGAAAUUUUGCUUGAUUCAGCUUUAUAAAUAUAAUUAUGUACAUAUCUGUUUUGUUAUGAUUACAUUACAGUAAGAUGCCAAGAAGAAAAUGUAUUAAACCUAACAAAUG